AUGGGAAAAGUUUAUUUUAUUGCAGGUGCUACUAGAGGUAUUGGUCUUGAAUUAGCAACUCAAUUAGCUGAAAAAGAUUCUUCAAACACUAUAAUUGCAACAGCUCGUGAUACGAAAAAUUCAACUGGAUUGAACAAUUUGGCUUCAAAGAAUUCAAAUGUUCAUAUCAUCCAAUUAGAUUUAUCUUCUGAAAAAUCAAUCAAUGGUAUAGAUGAACAAAUCAACUCAUUAAUUUCAGAAAUUGGUAUUGAUGUUUUCAUUGCAAAUGGUGCACUUGGUGAUAAUACACCUUUCAAAAAUUUGGGUAGACAAACUUAUAUUAAUCAUUAUCUAACUAAUGUUUUGGGUCCAACACAAGUGAUCAAUGUAUUGUACAAAUAUCUUAUCAAGACACCAACAAGACAAAUUUUCUUUGUUUCAAGUAUUGCUGGACAAGUAUCCACUUUCAUACCAAUAGUAAGUGGUCCUUAUGGUCAAACCAAAGCUGCAUUAAAUCAUACUGCUUUACAAUUAUCUGUUGAGUAUAAAGAUGAAGGUUUCACUAUUAUACCAGUACACCCAGGAGUUGUUGAUACAGACUUAGCUAAUACUGCUUUCAAAAAACUACCAGAAGAGCUUGGUAAGCCUUACCUUGAUCAAUUCAUUUCACCUACUGAGAGUGUCUCUGGUAUCAUUUCAAAUAUCAUUGAUAAAGUUACUGUUGAAGAUAGUGGUAAGUUUCUCAACUAUGAUGGAACUGUUCUUCCAUUUUGA